UUUCAAAGAGCAUGCAAUCUGGCGGGAAUUGACAGUUUUGUGUUUGUUUUGUAGUAAUAGUUUUUGUGUUUUGGCCAUACUUUAUUUACCACUGAAUGCUGUCUGAUUAAGGAUGUUUUCAAAGCAGUACCUAAAAUGUGAGCACUUAAAUAAAUGUACAGGGCAUAGAAACAUUUUUGCUAAUAUUAUUGCUUUGAGCAUUCAUGGUGAUGCUCAAAGUUGAACAGUAAUUUUAAUAAUUGUGAAGAAAUUUAGAGAAAGAAUCUCUGGACAUAUUUAAAGAAUAAUUCAUUUUAAUUAUCUUUUGUCUUCUUAUUUUUUUGCUUUAAUAAGACAAUUACCAUUACCGAGUUUAAGGAAACCCUGUCUUUUGUCUUAGGUUCAUAGGAAGUUUAACUGUUACUGGAUCAUGCUUCAUGCUGAAAAAGAAACUUAGUUUUUUACUCUUAACCAAGUAGAGCAAGCCCUGAUAAUAUAAUGAAUGAGCAAAUGUAGCUGUCAAUUCAUUUAGUGCAAAAGCAGUUAUUUGCCGUACAGUAACCAGAGACCUCCAACUAGGGGCCCCCAAACUGUAUCCUGCCUGUAGCACCUGCCAGGUGAAGGUAUAUUUUUGCUUUUUAAUUUAGCCGGAAGCAAUUUUUAAAGAAAAUAUGUCUCCUCUGAAGAUACAUGGUCCUAUCAGAAUUCGAAGUAUGCAGACUGGGAUUACGAAGUGGAAAGAAGGAUCCUUUGAAAUUGUAGAAAAAGAGAAUAAAGUCAGCCUAGUAGUUCACUACAAUACUGGAGGAAUUCCAAGGAUAUUUCAGCUAAGUCAUAACAUUAAAAAUGUGGUGCUUCGACCCAGUGGAGCGAAACAAAGCCGCCUAAUGUUAACUCUGCAAGAUAACAGCUUCUUGUCUAUUGACAAAGUACCAAGUAAGGAUGCGGAGGAAAUGAGGUUGUUUCUAGAUGCAGUCCAUCAAAACAGACUUCCUGCAGCCAUGAAACCAUCUCAGGGAUCUGGUAGUUUUGGAGGCAUUCUGGGCAGCAGGACCUCACAGAAGGAAACCAGCAGGCAGCUUUCUUACUCAGACAAUCAGGCUUCUGCAAAAAGAGGAAGUUUGGAAACUAAAGAUGAUAUGCCAUUUCGAAAAGUUCUUGGUAAUCCAGGUAGAGGAUCGAUUAAGACUGUAGCAGGAAGUGGAAUAGCUCGGACGAUUCCUUCUUUGACGUCUACGUCAACUCCUCUUAGAUCAGGGUUGCUAGAAAAUCGUACUGAGAAGAGGAAAAGAACGAUAUCAACUGGCUCAGAAUUGAAUGAAGAUUACCCUAAGGAAAAUGAUUCAUCAUCGAACAACAAGGCCAUGACAGAUCCCUCCAGAAAGUAUUUAACCAGCAGUAGAGAAAAGCAGCUGAGUUUGAAACAGUCAGAAGAGAAUAGGACAUCAGGGCUUUUACCUUUACAGUCAUCAUCCUUUUAUGGUAGCAGAGCUGGAUCCAAGGAACACUCUUCUGGUGGCACUAACUUAGACAGGACUAAUGUUUCAAGCCAGACUCCCUCUGCCAAAAGAAGUUUGGGAUUUCUUCCUCAGCCAGUUCCUCUUUCUGUUAAAAAACUGAGGUGUAACCAGGAUUACACUGGCUGGAAUAAACCAAGAGUGCCCCUUUCCUCUCACCAACAGCAGCAACUGCAGGGCUUCUCCAAUUUGGGAAAUACCUGCUAUAUGAAUGCUAUUCUACAAUCUCUAUUUUCACUCCAGUCAUUUGCAAAUGACUUGCUUAAACAAGGUAUCCCAUGGAAGAAAAUUCCACUCAAUGCACUUAUCAGACGCUUUGCACACUUGCUUGUUAAAAAAGAUAUCUGUAAUUCAGAGACCAAAAAGGAUUUACUCAAGAAGGUUAAAAAUGCCAUUUCAGCUACAGCAGAGAGAUUCUCUGGUUAUAUGCAGAAUGAUGCUCAUGAAUUUUUAAGUCAGUGUUUGGACCAGCUGAAAGAAGAUAUGGAAAAAUUAAAUAAAACUUGGAAGACUGAACCUGUUUCUGGAGAAGAAAAUUCACCAGAUAUUUCAGCUACCAGAGCAUACACUUGCCCUGUUAUUACUAAUUUGGAGUUUGAGGUUCAGCACUCCAUCAUUUGUAAAGCAUGUGGAGAGAUUAUCCCCAAAAGAGAACAGUUUAAUGACCUCUCUAUUGACCUUCCUCGUAGGAAAAAACCACUCCCUCCUCGUUCAAUUCAAGAUUCUCUUGAUCUUUUCUUUAGGGCCGAAGAACUGGAGUAUUCUUGUGAGAAGUGUGGUGGGAAGUGUGCUCUUGUCAGGCACAAAUUUAACAGGCUUCCUAGGGUCCUCAUUCUCCAUUUGAAACGAUAUAGCUUCAAUGUGGCUCUCUCGCUUAACAAUAAGAUUGGGCAGCAAGUCAUCAUUCCAAGAUACCUGACCCUGUCAUCUCAUUGCACUGAAAAUACAAAACCACCUUUUACCCUUGGUUGGAGUGCACAUAUGGCAAUUUCUAGACCAUUGAAAGCCUCUCAAAUGGUGAAUUCCUGCAUCACCAGCCCUUCUACACCUUCAAAGAAAUUCACCUUCAAAUCCAAGAGCUCCUUGACUUUAUGCCUUGAUUCAGACAGUGAGGAUGAGCUAAAACGUUCUGUGGCCCUCAGCCAGAGACUUUGUGAAAUGUUAGGCAACGAACAGCAGCAGGAAGACCUGGAAAAAGAUUCAAAAUUAUGCCCAAUAGAGCCUGACAAGUCUGAAUUGGAAAACUCAGGAUUUGACAGAAUGAGCGAAGAAGAGCUUCUAGCAGCUGUCUUGGAGAUAAGUAAGAGAGAUGCUUCACCAUCUCUGAGUCAUGAAGAUGAUGAUAAGCCAACUAGCAGCCCAGAUACCGGAUUUGCAGAAGAUGAUAUUCAAGAAAUGCCAGAAAAUCCAGACACUAUGGAAACUGAGAAGCCCAAAACAAUCACAGAGCUGGAUCCUGCCAGUUUUACUGAGAUAACUAAAGACUGUGAUGAGAAUAAAGAAAACAAAACUCCAGAAGGAUCUCAGGGAGAAGUUGAUUGGCUCCAGCAGUAUGAUAUGGAGCGUGAAAGGGAAGAACAAGAGCUUCAGCAGGCACUGGCUCAGAGCCUUCAAGAGCAAGAGGCUUGGGAACAGAAAGAAGAUGAUGACCUCAAAAGAGCUACUGAGUUAAGUCUUCAAGAGUUUAACAACUCCUUUGUGGAUGCAUUGGGUUCUGAUGAGGACUCUGGAAAUGAGGAUGUUUUUGAUAUGGAGUACACAGAAGCUGAAGCUGAGGAACUGAAAAGAAAUGCUGAGACAGGAAAUCUGCCUCAUUCGUACCGGCUCAUCAGUGUUGUCAGUCACAUUGGUAGCACUUCUUCUUCAGGUCAUUACAUUAGUGAUGUAUAUGACAUUAAGAAGCAAGCGUGGUUUACUUACAAUGACCUGGAGGUAUCAAAAAUCCAAGAGGCUGCCGUGCAGAGUGAUCGAGAUCGGAGUGGCUACAUCUUCUUUUAUAUGCACAAGGAGAUCUUUGAUGAGCUGCUGGAAACAGAAAAGAACUCUCAGUCACUUAGCACGGAAGUGGGGAAGACUACCCGUCAGGCCUCGUGAGGAACAAACUCCUGGGUUGGCAGCAUGCACUGCAUAUUUGUUACUGCUGCCCACCUCACCUUUCCUCUGCUGAAGGAGAAUUUGGAAUUCUACUUGAUGCGGGAGCAACAAACAGCUCAGGGCCAAACCAAAAGACAAAAAUUGGAGUAACGUAGAAUGCUCCAUGCUAUUUUAUGGAAACUUUGGUCUCACAUCUGUAGCUGAUUAUCCUCUUUUUCUCCUAUGAGUGGCACUUCUUUUGUCUUAGGAAUACAUGUUGUAAAUAUAUAUCUGUGUAUGUGUGUAUACACACACACAGACACACACACACACACACACACGGGAUGAAUGGAGCCUUAAAGAGUUAGGAUGAGCCACCAGAAUAUGCCUGCUCAAAAUUAAUAGCACAGCAGUUUGGAGAAGAAAUGAAGGUGUCAAAGAGUCCAUUCACCUGAGAAAUGUGUGAAGACAUACUUACCAGUUGGCUUUUAGCUUUUAUGUUCCUUGAGUAGUUUCACUCAAGUCUGUAACCUUUUGUGUUUCCUUAUUAGUAAAAUUCACUGGAAAGCCAGCUCUUCAUGUUACACUAAUGACAGUUUGUUCUCUUUGCAAGAGAGGGUCAUUGCUGUCACCUGACUUGAGGAGCUGUUUUUUUGUUGUUGUUGUCUGCAAAUUUCAUGAAUUUGUGAUGUCUUUGCUGUUUACAUGCAGUCCCAAGAAAUGGAUUGUUGGUGCUUUGGAAUAUGUUACAGUCCCACAUUUGAUAUUUCUUAUAUACUUUGUUUUCUCUAAGGAGAUUUCUUCACACAGUAUGUUCAUCAUAUAUCAUCAUCAUUAUUAUGGUGGUAAAGAUAGAAUCUUUUUUCUUUUUUGUCAUUCUGCCAUGGAGCAGCAUUACCCUAAUGGAUUGCAACCAAAACUUUAAACAAGUAGAAAGAUAAUAUUUCUCCAAUUGGGACUCCCCAGCAGGAAUAACUUAGGGAUAAGGAAGAAUGCUAGCAUCUCUGUCUCUCAAACAUAGGGAGGAUAAGAAGAGUGUUCGUCUGGUAAAGCUAAAAUUCUGGACCACUAAAGCUAAAAGCCCUAUUGCAAGUAUGAAAUUAAGUACUUGAGCUAUAGGACAAACCGUGGGCAUUUAACCAUUUACUGUCUGGCUUUGCCCUUAAAAUAGGGUUGCAAUUAAAAUGUGAUUGGCUUAGGUAAUCCCAAGAACUAACAAAUAACAAAGGUGCAUAAUAUAUUUAUCUACUUUUUAGGUGCUCUGAGUUGAGGCAAAGUAGAGCGGCAACAUUAAGUGCUAUGCUAGUCACUUAGCUGACGUAACCAGCUUGGUUAAGCAGCUUAUGAAACCAUAUAAAGAAUUCUUUUGAGGAUGGAAUUCUGUCCACAAAAUAAUUUUGUGAGCCCAGAUAUCAUUAGGAUCACACAGAGUUAAAUAUAGAAAAAUGAAACCAUCAUUGUAUUCUUUCGUGUUUUUUCUUUUAUUAUAAACAAGGGGAUUAUUCUUUAGUUCUCAGAGGUAGGGACAAAACCACAUCAGGUUUUCAGAAGGAAAAAACAUUUAAAAACCCACCAUCACAUGAGAGAAUCACUUGAACCCAGGAGGCAGAGGUUGCAGUGAGCUGAGAUCGCAUCAUUGCACUGCAGUCUGAGUGACAGAGUGAGACUCCAUCUCAUUAAAAAAAACAAAAACAAAAAAAACACAAACCAUCAUCACAGAAGAUGCAACAUCUUUUCUGAAAGAUUGCCUUAAGAGAGCUCCAGUCCUACUCUUGGAACUUGAAUGUAUUCUAAUGUAGUAACCUAUUCUAAGUUUUCAUUCUUUGAAUUAUAAAUGGCCUCAGCAGUUUUGCUCAACUACUGAUAAAUGCUUUGCCUCCUACCAUCUACCUAUAUACCUUAUUGUAAUGAAUGUUCCAAAAUGGUAGAGUGGUAGAAAACGCCAGAGUAGUUUAGAGCAGAGGAAAAUAUUUGUUUUAAAACUAGCUUUAAAGUUUUGUUUCAUUUCUACCAGGAGCCUCUUUGGUUUGGUUUGAUUUUGCUUGGAAAUAAUUGGUUUUCUUAUAAAUGAGUGAAGCGGUGAUAAAAUUCUUUGGCUAGUUAUUAAUUCUUUUACGUGUCUUUGCAUUUGAGAGGCACUGUUAAAAAUUAUUGGGAAAGAUUUAAAGUGCAGGCUGCAAUUAAAACAUGGAGAAAAGUAGAAAUAAUGCCAUAAGUCUAGAUUGCCUCAUGAAGCAGCCUCAUUUGAAUUGCUUUCAUAGCUUUCAUGUGUGUAUGGUUUAGAAGUACACUUACCUCAGAAACCUGAUUUGAUCUUCAUGUCUUGGGAAGGAGUUGUUGAAAAUAGGUUAUUGGAAUAUAUAAGUUAUCUCACUGCUCAUGUACUUGCAUGUUUGGGACUCAAAUUUUACUUGAUGUCUGUCCAUUCUUGUGGCCCUAUCAGCCUUCUCCUUCCUUUACUCCUUUAAUCUACUUCUUUGACUACCAGUGGAGAUUUCAGCUGGACUAUGUUGAUGGGGUUUGUUGUUUUUUUUGAGCUGGCUGUAUAUAUUUUAAAAUUAUAAAUAGAUAAUAUAUUAUUUUUUGCACAUUGUGAUCAGUUUGCCCAGAAUUGGGGUUGGGGCAGUUAGCAUGUUGGGGCCAGGAAGGGACAAGUUAGAUAAGGACUGAGUGCUUCCGUUGCAGGCAGUUUGCACAAUACCUAAUUAACCUUCCUAUUGAAAAUACCAAAUGUGUGGUUACAUUACUUUAAAUGACAUUGAAUUGGAACUUGAUGGCAAUUAGUUCUAGAUACAACCUUUUGAUCUUUGUUGGAAUUUUAAGGGAAAAAUAAACUAAACUUCAUAUUUGUUGAUUUUAAUCCCCUAAUAGUACUGAAGGUUGGAAAGUUGCAUGUGGGUGGAUGCUGUUAAUUUUUUUAAUAGCCAUGACUAUCAUUUAAGCCUAUGAGAAGAUAGACUGUUUCAUAGGGAUAUAUUCACAUGUGUGUGCACACUCAUGAGUUUUGUCUCAGCAGGAUAGAAUAAGCAAAUCCAUGAACUGGUCUUCUAUUAAUACUUUGAUUCUAAAAAUUAUUUGUUUACUUGCUAUGGUCUGUUCAUUCUGGGCCUAACCUUAAAAGCUCAAUAACAAAUACAACAAAUGUAAAUAUGUUUACAUUUUAAGACAUAUGCAGUGGUUCUUACAGAUCAGUUAAUUAACUCCAGAAAGCAAAUGUUAGACUACACAUUUAUUUUUCUCCUUGAUCAAGUGUAAAAUUCUGAAACAGAGGCUUUAAAAUUUAAAACCUCAGCAAAAUAAUCCAUGAAUUUACUGAUUCUUCUGUAUCGUGUAUAGUUACCAUUAUGUAACUAUACACACAUACAGCUACGGAUAUAGUUGUAUAAUGAAAAUUAUCUGCAAACACCUAAAUUAAAGAGAAAAAAAAGUAGUUUGUAAACUCAUUUGUGAUCUACUGAAAAGAGGUUAUAUUAAAGCAAAUAAAAAUAUUUUCCUUCUCUGUCCUCUGAAAUGACUGCAGUAGAUACUCUUAGUUAUCCCAUUUUGGGGGGUUGGAGGGCCUUUUUAAUUUAAUUGACCCCCUGAGGUGGUCUUUUGUUUUAAACAGAGGGAAACAGCUGGAUCUCCAAGUACAUAUGGAUUUUGUAUAUAUAGGAGAUUUUUACAAAAAUCAACAACCCAACACCAGAUUCAAGUCACAUAAAAGUGUUCCAAUAAAAUGGAUGGAUGUCUUUUUCCUCCCUAUUUUGCUUUAUACUGAGUAAUGCACUCUUGCAAGUGUAUACAAAAUCUAAAUAGACUUCUGCCCUCUAACAUCUUUUUAUUGCAUUACUUCAAAAUCCUAAUUUUGUCUCUACUGAUAUGUCUUAUUAACAUCUGAAAAAAUAUAUAUUUUUUAUUGGAAAAUUCUAAUUUGUUAGGCCUUGUAAGUUUUGUGGCAAUUAUUUUGCUGUGUUUCACCACAAUCAUUCACCUUAUGGCAUGCUUUGAUUACUAGACUUCAGGCAGUCUCAUUCAUUGUAUCAUACUUACACACAAUUAGUAAGUUGUCUCCAUGUGUGCUAUAUGUCUGAGGUGUAUGGAGUUUUUAUUUAAAAAGUGUGCCAGUCUGAAUAUAAGCAUUUGAUUUUGUAACAUUGGACUUUUCUUAAAAGUACAGAGGUUCAAAGUAUAGAUAUGUCCAUUGGCAUAAGAAUAGAGUGGGUGAGGGUCUGGACCAGGUUCCAGGUUGGUCCAGUCAGAUGCCAGAACGAAGAAGAACAGUCAACUAAACUGGUCUACUUCAAAAAUAGUGGGCCUGUGUGAAGAGUGAGACCACAUGUGGGUGUGCACACCUCUUGUCCCCAGGUUUCCCUCCAUUUGAGCUUUUCUUUCCCUCCCUAACUUCUCUGGCCUAUUGUCAUUGUUGUUUCUUUAAACUUGAGAGAAAAACAAAAAUGAGAUUCCUACACUUUGCCUAAUUGAGCCACUACCAGGUUUUCUGGCAGCUGUGGCCACAUUAUUUGUGAGAUGAUUUUUUUUCUUUAUGUUCAGAGUGACUUUUGAUUCUGAUUCUUUAUGUUUUGUAUGGAGCGGCACUUUUAUCUGUGUUUUAGCAGAACUGUUCCUCUGUAUCCUUUACGGUUUUUCUUUGUUUUUGUUUCCUUUUUAAAUUAUGCAUAGAGUUUUUUUGUGUGUAUGAAAUUAAAGCCUUUAUUAACCUUCUA